AUGGCGUUCAGGACUCCUCUCUCGAACGCGACUAGCGGUAUCGAAUUUGGAAGAUAUGCCAGUGAAGAUGUCAGGAAACUGAGUGUAAAGAGAAUUCAUGUCACACCUACCCUCGACUCGAUGUUUGGUCCUAUGCCAGGAGGUGUUCACGAUCUGUCAUUGGGUGCUAUUUCAACCCUCGAUGCGACUUGCUCAACCUGUCGUAUGAAUGCCUCGAACUGUCCAGGCCAUUGUGGCCAUAUCGAGUUACCUACUCACUGCUACCAUCCCUUGUAUAUUGACACGACCUUGCGAUUAAUACGUUCGAAAUGUGUAUAUUGCCAUCAUUUCAGGUUGGUACCGAACAAGAUUCAUCAGACAACUUGUCAGCUACGACUGCUGGAACAUGGAUUGGUGAAAGAGUUUCAUGAGUUGACCAGAUUCAAAUUGGGCUCGAAGAGAAAGAGAAGUAAAGAGGACAACGAAGCGGCCGAGUCCGAAGAGGAUAUUGACGAUCUGAUGGAUAGAAGAGAAGAGUAUGUCAAGAAGUGUAUUCAGAAAGCGAAGAAGAGGACCGAUGUACUGCCUCUAGCACAAAAUCACAUCGCCAUACAAGCUAGGAAAGAUGUUAUUACAGCUUUCCUACAAGAAGUUGCGCUGGUCAAAAAGUGUGUUAGGUGUAAGGGUAUCUCGCCUUCCUACAGAAAAGAUAGAGCUAUCAAGAUCUUCCGUCUGCCGCUGCCAGUACGUGCUCGUGAACAAAUGCAAGUACUCGACAGAAAAGCCCCGAAUCCUCUGAUAUACCUCAUGCAAGAACGAAAGGAGCAAGAGUUGGCCAAAAAGCCUAUGGUAAAUGGCGACAAAGAUGUCGAAAUGGUUGAUCAGGUCACCGAUCAAACACAUGGUGCAGAAGAAGAAAUCGCUUUGCGGAAUGCGCUUGAUACAGCUGCUUCUUCCAAGAUCGCUGAGAUAGAAGGCGGCUUCGACACUCAAGCUUAUCUGACUCCAGCUGAAGUACAUGCAGCUCUGACUCUACUCUUCGAUCGAGAGCAGGAGAUUGUUGAUCUUCUGUUUGCCCCCUCACCUGGCAGGAGACAAGUGAAAGUUCUAGCAGAUAUCUUCUUCAUGACAAAUGUGCUGGUCGCACCCAACAAGUUCAGGCCUUUAGCACGACAGGGUCCAAACCAGAUGAUGGAAUCACAGAUGAAUAGUGCCCUCAACCGGGUGAUUAAUGCUUCGAACACCCUAAAAAGCAUGAUGCGCGCGUCCAAGAAAGACGACGAUGAUGUACGGAAACCGACUCACCAGCAACUGAUCCAAGCUGGUAUUACCAUGCAGGAAUGCGUCAACGAGCUCAUUGACAAUCCUGCAACUCCCACGGGUCCACCACGAGAUCAAGGCAUCAAGCAGGUCUUGGAGAAGAAGGAGGGUCUCUUUCGUAUGAACAUGAUGGGGAAGCGUGUCAAUUUUGCUGCGCGAUCUGUUAUCUCUCCCGAUCCAAACAUUGAGACCAAUGAGAUCGGUGUGCCUCUCGUGUUUGCGAAGAAGCUGACUUACCCUGAACCGGUCACAAGCAGUAAUUUCGAGGCUCUGAGCAGGUUAGUGAUUAACGGCAUGGAGAAGUACCCAGGAGCAGCUGCGAUUGAGGACGAACAAGGUCGUGUCAUGAGUUUGAGAAGAAAGACAAGGUCUCAGCGUGAGACUCUGGCUAAACAACUACUUACUCCGCCAGAGGGGUUCAAGGGCGACAUGGGCAAGAAAGUCUAUCGAAACCUACAGACAGGCGAUGUCGUUAUCAUGAACAGACAACCGACUCUACAUAAACCAUCUAUGAUGUGCCACAAAGCACGAGUCUUGAAGAACGAGAAGACCAUUCGUAUGCACUACGCGAAUUGCAACACCUACAACGCUGACUUUGACGGUGAUGAGAUGAACAUGCAUUUCCCUCAGAACGAGCUGGCUCGAGCUGAAGCCUUCCACAUAGCUAACACGGACAACCAGUAUCUAUCAGCCACUGCCGGAAAGCCCUUACGUGGUCUAAUCCAGGACCACAUCUCAAUGGGCGUGCAGUUCACCAGCAAGGAUGUCUUCUUCGACAAAGAGGAGUACCACGAGUUGCUCUACGAAUGUAUACGUCCAGAGCAAGGUCAUAUAGAAUAUGACCGAAUCCAGACUCUGCCUCCUGCGAUACUCAAGCCCAGAAUGCUCUGGACUGGCAAGCAAGUUAUCUCGACUGUGCUCAGGAACAUUACGCCUCAACACUUGUAUGGUCUUAAUCUUACAAGUAAGUCACAGACUGCCGCUGAGAGAUGGAACGAGAAGACACUGCAACCUGGCGACGCAGCAAAUUGGAAAGUUACUGCUGAUGAGUCGGUCCACCGAGACACAGAACAAGUGGUCAUAUUCAGUGACGGCGAACACAUAAGUGGCAUCCUCGACAAAGCCCAGCUAGGCCCAGCGGCAGGUGGACUGGUUCAUUCUUGCUACGAGGUUUAUGGCGAAAAGCAUGCCGGACAAUUACUGAGUAUUCUUGGUCGACUUCUCACUCGCUUCCUUCGUGAAAGAGCAUGGAGUUGUGGUAUGGACGAUCUUUACCUGACUCCUGAAGGUGACAAUAUACGACGGCAAGCACUAAGUGUAGCUCCACGAGUUGGCCACGAGGUUUCUGUUGGAUAUGUGCAGCUGAACAAGAAGACUACAGAGCAAGGCAGCAAACAAUUGAUCAAUCGGCUUGAAGAUGUUCUCCGCAACGACGACCAGCUCAAUACUCUUGAUCAACUCUACAACGCAAGUACAAAGGUCAUCACAGAUGCCGUAGCGAAAGUGAUGCCAAAGGGUCUGAGGAAGCCAUUCCCUCGAAAUCAGAUGCAGGCAAUGACAACAUCCGGUGCCAAGGGCUCAAAUGUCAAUGCCAAUCUUAUUUCCUGUAACUUGGGCCAGCAGGUCUUGGAAGGCCGACGUGUCCCUGUCAUGGUCAGUGGCAAAUCUUUGCCUCUCUAUCGAGCCUUCGAGACACAUCCUACAGCUGGAGGCUAUGUCACUGGUCGUUUCUUGACAGGUAUCAAGCCGCCAGAGUACUUCUUCCAUGCCAUGUCUGGUCGUGAGGGUUUGAUUGACACUGCUGUCAAGACUGCUAAGUCGGGAUAUCUGCAGCGAUGCAUUAUCAAAGGGCUUGAAGGGUUGCGAACAGAAUAUGACACGUCCGUAAGAGAAUCGUCCAAUGGUGCUCUCGUCCAGUUCUUGUAUGGUGAAGAUGGCCUGGAGGUAACCAAACAGAGACACCUGAAAGAAUUCACGUUCUUGGCCGACAACAACCUGACCAUUGCUGGACAGACUAAUGCUAAAGAAGUUAUCAACAAGCUCAGAUCAAUUGAUGGCAGAAGCGUGCAAGCCGUGCAGAAGGACUUGCUGAAGCAGCUAAAGCGCAACCCCAAAGUAGAACCGAUACUGGCAAACUAUCCACCUGCCAACUAUUUUGGGAGCACCUCAGAGAAGUUCGCGGAAGCGCUCAACAAGUACACGAAGACCAAUCCCGACAACGUGCUCGGAGAGGCCCUCAAAGCAAAGUCUUUCAAGCUCCUCAUGGAACUCAAGUACAUGCGAUCGGUAAUUGAUGCUGGUGAGGCUAUAGGUGUCGUUGCUGCUCAGUCUGUAGGUGAACCGUCAACUCAGAUGACAUUGAACACUUUCCACUUGGCAGGGCAUUCAGCAAAGAACGUAACUCUGGGUAUCCCUCGACUCCGAGAAAUCAUAAUGACGGCUUCGACGAAACUUAUGACUCCGACUAUGGCAAUCAAGCCAAUUGAGGAACUGUCGGUAGACGAUGCCCGAAAGUUUGCGAAAUCUAUCAGCAGACUACCACUUGCUCACGCUAUCGACAAGAUGUCCGUCACUGAGAAGUCAGAUGGAGAGCAUAGAGACUACGUGGUCAGGAUUGAGCUUUUCGAUCCCAAGGAAUACUGUGAGGAAUACGCUAUUACCAUUGAAGAUGUCUCCCUCGCCAUCGAGACUAAAUUCCUGCCUAUAUUGAACAAGCAAAUUAGAGAAGAGCUAAAAAAGAAACAAAGGGAGGCUUCGUUGUCGACCGCUACAGCAGCUGUACCAGAGAUUGGCGUAUCAGUUGGUGUGAUCGAGCAGGAGCGACCACAAGGCAUGCGAACAGAGGAGCGAGAGGCUGGUGAGGACGAUAUCGAUUCAGACAUGGACCCUGACGAUGCCAAGGACGCUGCUGCACGUGCUCGGCGGAUCGAUGAUUUCGACGAACCGGACGAGGAUGAUGCUGCCGUGGCUGCCUCUUCUGACGAGGAGGAAGACAAUGAGGAGUUGACCGACGCACAAAAAUCGAAAAAGCGCAACAGGCCAUCGCAGGCACUACGAGAACAAAACCCAGAUGACUCCGGUGAUGAGAACAGCGAGAUGGAUACCGAAGACGAAGAUACUGAAGAGGAAAUGUCUCGACGUACACGAGAAAACCUAGUCAAGGAAGUGGUCAAGAACCUCAAGAGAUUCGACUUCUCACGUCGAAAGGGUAGAGUGUGCAAGUUCACGCUCGAGUAUGACCUUGAUCAGCCAAAAUUACUGCUUUUGCCAAUACUAGAACGUUGCGCUCAUGCUGCAGUGGUGCAGUCAAUACCUGGGCUUGACUUGUGCACUCUCUUCAUGGAAGAAGUUCUUAGUGCGGAUGGCAAGCCCGUGAAGACAAGAGAAGCCGAGACUGGCAAGGAGGUUCCUCUGAAAGAGGCAGUCAUUACCUGCCAGGGUGUAAACCUUCUGGCCAUGCGCGAAUAUCAACACAUCAUCGACCCGCACACAAUCUACACCAACUCAGUACACGACAUGCUCAACUUGUACGGAGUCGAAGCUGCUCGCAUGACGAUCGUCAAAGAAAUCGACAACGUCUUCAAGGGUCAUGGCAUCAGUGUUGAUAAUCGACACAUCAGCCUGAUUGCCGAUGCUAUGACUCAGAGUGGAUCUUACAAACCUUUCUCUCGACACGGACUAGUCAAGGAGAAUGGAAGUAUCCUCUCAAAGAUGUCAUUUGAGACUGUGAUGGGAUUCUUGAAGGAUGCGGUCAUGUUUGGUGAGGGAGAUAACUUGUUAGGUCCUAGUGCUAGGAUUGUUGCCGGACAAAGAGGUCUUAUUGGUACUGGAAGUUUCGAUGUUGUGCAAGCUGUGUCUUGA